UUGUCAAACACCACGUUCAAAUGAUGUAUUUAAAAAAAUUAAAGAUAGACUUGCCAAAACUUGUAACUUUUGUUUAGAUAAACGACAAUUAAACUAUCAAAAUACAAAAAAUUCUAAUAUUAAAAAACCAUUAAUUGAAAUUACACUAGAUAUAAAUAUUCUUUCACAAAUAAUUGAUGAAAUUACAAAAACAGAAAAUACAGAAGAAUUUGAAAUUAUUGUCCAAUUUGGAAUCUUGAAUUUAUCAUUAAAUGAAACUACAAAAUUUAUUCGUGAACAAAUUGAAAAUGGUAAUGGAUAUAAGUGGAA